AUGUAUAUACAGAAGUUGUGCAAGAGAUUUCACAAGAUUGAAUUCAGGCACACUCCCAGGACACAGAAUGAGUUGGCCAAUGCUCUUACCACUAUCGUAUCAAUGAUUAAACAUACAUAUAUAAUUUAUAUUGAUCCUUUGGAUAUAGAGGUAAAAGAGAAGUUCGUCCAUUGUUCAGAUGUUGAAGCGGAGCUAGAUGAUUUGCCUUGGUAUUUUGACAUCAAAAGGUAUUUAGAGAUCGAGACUUAUCCUGAAAAUGCAACGCUCAACCAGAAGAAGUCGAUACGCCAUAUGGCCCUCAAUUUCUUCAUAAGUGGGGAAAUCCUUUAUAGGAGGACUCCCGAUUUAGGUCUUCUAAGAUGUGUUGAUGCUAGUAAAGCUAUGAAACUUCUUGAACAGAUACAUGUCGGAGUUUGUGGUACUUACAUGAAUGGGCUCACUUUGGCGAGGAAGAUCCUUUGA